AGCGAGGCCAUAGCGGGCGUCCAGAGCACUGGAUGAUCGGAGCGUGUCCAGCCCGUCUCGAUAAACCAUGGCCUAUCAGCUGUACAGGAACACCACACUGGGGAACAGUCUUCAGGAGAGCCUGGAUGAGCUCAUACAGUCACAGCAAAUCACGCCUCAGUUGGCCCUUCAGGUGCUACUUCAGUUUGAUAAAGCUAUAAAUUCGGCAUUGGCACAACGAGUCAGGAACAGAGUCAAUUUCAGGGGGUCUCUGAAUACAUACAGGUUCUGUGACAACGUAUGGACAUUUGUACUGAAUGAUGUUGAAUUCAGGGAGGUCACUGAACUUGUGAAAGUGGAUAAAGUGAAAAUUGUAGCAUGUGAUGGAAAAAACACUGGUUCCAAUACUGCAGAAUGAAUAGAACUGUGGUUUGUCUGCAAUGUUUUCUGCUAAUAUGCAGCACUUCCUGGAGAGAAGCGAGGAAAGGGACUGUAUUGAUACUUAAUUCCUGUGAUGCGGAUGUGAGUUAGUCCGUGCUAGAAAGCCUCCCAAUGAGAGCGGAAGAAAUACUUGUAGCAUUUCUUCAGUCUGCCUUCUAAGGCACGAAUACAAUGUUACCUUUUUUUGUUUUUUAAUUUACAACAGAUACUGUUGCCUUUUUUGUUCAAAAUAAUUUCUGUAAUAAAUUUUUAUUUAAAAACUUG